AUGGCUAAUUGGAUGCACAGUGAACGACCUAUUUCCAGCAAGCCAUGUCCGCGUCAUGCGUGUCGCCCUAAUGGGCUACCUAUGCAAAAUGGUAGCUGCUUAUGGAACGAGGACGAUGUUAUCCGACAUCGAGUUUGGAAUGGUGAAACUGAUAUAUUAAAGGGAAAAAAAGAAAACAAGCAGUUGGUUGAUUGUCUACCAGGACCCUGGGGUGACUCCUGCCCCGAUAUCACCUGUGAACUUAUAUGUACAUGCGCUGAAAGCAAUAAUACCGAUGCUCUGUCUCCUGAUGAUUCAAACAGGUCCUCAUUUUCCAAAGAGGCUGGAUUCGAAGCCGGUAUUUUCGACCCAACUCGUCUUCCCCCCAGAAUCCACGUGCUGCCAAUGAGUCUUCAGAUGCGCGGAUUGCACACACUUAUUCGUAACCGCGAGACUGGCCAAGACGCCUUCAUCUUCUAUGCUGAACGCCUCAUGAGGCCACUUUUCGAAUAUGCAUUGAACCUCCUCCCUUAUGAGGAUGUGGUUGUUGAUACGCCUCAAUCAGUGUCUUAUCACGGUCGUCGGCGUGUUCCUGGCACCAAGAUUUGUGGUGUUUCGAUUCUGCGAGCCGGUGAAGCUUUAGAGCCUGCUUUAUGUGCCGUUUGCAAGGACGUUAGCCUCGGCAAAAUACUCAUCCAAACUAACCAGAUUACCCAGGAGCCAGAACUACACUAUCUACGCCUUCCGAGUGAAAUUAAGGUAAAUGCAUCUUCAUGUGUGUAG